AAUCAUUAAAAAAUUCAAACUUUUAAAAAAUGAAAUUGUUUAUAUUACUCUUGAGUUUUUGCUGUUUGGCGGUAGCCUUACAGGAGUCGCAAAUACAGGAGCAGUGGUUAAGUUUUAAAAGCAAAUAUGGCAAAAAAUAUCGUAACGCAUUGGAGGAUACCCAACGUUUUGUGAAUUUUAAGAAAAAUCUAUUUAAAAUUAAACAACACAACCAGCGUUAUGAGCAGGGCUUGGAAAGCUAUGAAAUGUCACUGAAUGCUUUUAGUGAUAUGGAUUUGAAAGAAAUGCAACGGACAUAUAUGGGCUUAAAAAUGCCGAAAAAUUCUCAGGAAUUAUUGCAAAAUGCUACUUUGUACCAAGCUCCUCUAAAGCAACGUUUUAGUUUACCCAGUCAUGUGGAUUGGCGUGACCGCGGUGCGAUUACACCCGUAAAAAAUCAAAAGGCUUGUGGUUCAUGUUGGGCUUUUGCCAGUGUGGCGGCUUUGGAGGCCCAUUAUUAUUUGAAAUACCAAGAUACUGUUUUCCUAAGUGAACAGAACUUAGUGGAUUGCGUUACGGAGAAUUGGGGCUGUGAUGGUGGUUGGAUGAUACCUAGUUUUCUAUAUGUCCAAAGUAAUACUGGCAUUAAUUACGAAUC